AUGUCGACCAUGGCGGCGCGCGCCAUCGUCGUCCUGGUCUCGCUCAUCCUCGCGGUGGUCGCCGGCGGCGCGUCGGCGCAGCUGUCGUCGGGCUUCUACUCCCGCUCGUGCCCGGGCAUGCUCAAAGCCGUGCGCUCGGCGCUGCGGCCGGCGAUCGUCAGGGAGCGGCGCGUGGGCGCCUCCAUCGUCCGCCUCUUCUUCCACGACUGCUUCGUCCAGGGCUGCGACGCCUCGCUGCUGCUGGACGACGCGUCGGGCCUGCGCGGCGAGAAGAACGCCAAGCCCAACAAGAACUCAGUCAGGGGGUUUGAGGUCAUCGACGCCAUCAAGGCGGCCGUCGAGAAGGAGUGUCCCGGCGUCGUCUCCUGCGCCGACAUCCUCGCCAUCGCCGCCGAGGAGAGCGUCGUCUUGCUGGGUGGCCCGAGCUGGGAGGUGAAGAUGGGGCGGAGGGACUCAACGACGGCGAGCUUCAGCGGCGCCGAGAACAACAUCCCGCCGCCUACGUCGGGGCUCGCAAACCUUACGUCGCUCUUCGCCGCUCAGGGGCUCUCCCAGAAAGACAUGGUCGCGCUCUCAGGAGCCCACACGGUCGGCCAAGCACGCUGCACAUUCUUUCGGGACCACAUCUACAACGACACAAACAUCGACUCCGGCUUCGCCAGGAGCCGCCAGUCAGGCUGCCCUCGUACCGCCGGCUCCGGCGACAACAACCUGGCGCCACUGGACCUGCAGACCCCGAGCACCUUCGAGAACGACUACUACAAGAACCUCGUCCAAAAGAGGGGCAUCCUGCACUCGGACCAGGAGCUCUUCAACGGCGGCGCCGCCGACGCGCUGGUCCAGCAGUACAUCGGCAGCCAGAGCGCCUUCUUCAAGGACUUCGUGGUGGGGAUGAUCAAGAUGGGGGACAUCACGCCGCUGACUGGGUCCAGCGGACAGAUCAGGAAGAACUGCAGGAGGAUCAACUAA